ACUCCCUUAGAUGCCAUUUUCUUUUUCUAGUACAAUCAAAUAACCUGAGUGAAACCAAGUCGGUUUAAUACAUUCUAGCGUUCUCUUGGUCAUACGGCGGCGACUGCGAAAAUUGGGCGUUGACUUUAUUGAUUUGUUGAGCAUUUUCAAUAACGAUGGAUGCUCAACCUCGAGAUAUUAAGGUGUUAGAAAGUGUGGAUGAUAUACAACAGAGAAGAGAGCAAGUUCUUCAUCAUUAUUCACAGUUUAAACAUGAAGCUCGCAUCAAACGUGAAAAGCUUGAAGAUGCUAGACGUUUUCAAUAUUUUAAGCGUGAUGCGGAUGAGCUAGAGUCAUGGAUCAACGAAAAAUUACAAGCUGCUUCAGAUGAGAGCUAUAAAGAUCCAACAAAUUUACAGGCAAAGAUUCAGAAACACCAAGCUUUUGAAGCAGAAGUUGCAGCCCAUAGUAAUGCAAUUGCAGUUCUUGACAAUAGUGGAAUGGAAAUGAUUAACAGGAACCACUUUGCCUCAGAAGUUAUAAAGAAAAGAUUGGAUGAACUUCAUGUACUGUGGGAACUUCUACUGUCUAAACUUGCAGACAAAGGUUUGAAGUUGCAACAAGCUCUGCAGCUGGUUCAGUUUUUACGACAAUGUGAUGAAGUAAUGUUUUGGAUCAAUGAUAAGGAAGCUUUUGUAACCACAGAAGAGUUUGGUCAGGACCUUGAACACGUUGAAGUUCUGCAACGUAAAUUUGAUGAGUUUCACAAGGAUAUGGCAAGCCAAGAAUUCAGGGUAGUAGAAGUGAAUGAACUUGGAGACAAGCUUACCAAAGAAGGACACCCAGAAGAAUUAGUAAUCCAAAAGAAAAAAGAGGAAUUAAAUGAUGCAUGGCAGAGACUUAAAGCUCUGACACUUUUGAGACAAGAAAAAUUGUUUGGAGCCCAUGAAAUCCAACGCUUUAACAGAGAUGCUGAUGAAACAAUUGCUUGGAUCACGGAAAAAGACUUGGUACUCUCUUCUGAUGACUUUGGUCGAGACUUGGUCAGCGUCCAAACGCUUCAACGAAAACACGAAGGAAUCGAGAGAGAUUUAGCAGCUUUGGAAGAUAAAGUACUGACAAUCGGGCAAGAAGCUGAACGACUCUGUGCAAAUCAUGAAGACCAUGCAGAUCAAAUAAAAUCGAAGCACUCUGAAAUUGUGUCAAACUGGGAGAUGCUAAAAUCUAAGGCACAAGAACGACGACAACGGCUGGAUGAGUCAUACUAUCUCCAUCGUUUUCUGGCAGACUUUCGAGAUCUUGUGUCCUGGAUUAAUGACAUGAAAAGCAUAAUUUCAGCUGAUGAGCUUGCUAAGGAUGUAGCUGGAGCUGAAGCUCUGUUGGAAAGGCAUCAAGAGCAUAGGGGAGAAAUUGAUGCUCGAGGGGACAGUUUUCUUGGAACAAUAGAAGCUGGACAGAGCUUAUUAGAACAAGGACAUUAUGCAGCUGAUGAAGUCAGAGAAAAGCUGGGAACAUUGACAAGUGAGAAGCAAGGCUUGCAGUCACUUUGGGAAGAAAGAAGAAUCCUUUAUGAACAGUGUAUGGAUCUUCAGCUUUUUUAUCGUGACACAGAACAAGCAGACACUUGGAUGGCUAAACAAGAGGCUUUCUUAGCAAAUGAAGAUCUUGGAGACUCUUUGGAUUCUGUAGAAGCAUUGAUAAAGAAACAUGAAGACUUUGAAAAAUCACUAGCUGCUCAAGAAGAAAAAAUUAAAGCAUUGGAUGAAUUUGCUACAAAACUGAUUGAAGGACAACAUUAUGCUGCUGAUGAUGUUGCUCAGCGAAGAGCAACUCUACUAGAAAGGCGUCAAGCUCUGCAAGAAAAGUCAGAAUAUCGACGAACAAUGCUUGAGGAUUCAUACAGUUUGCAGCAGUUUGAAAGAGACUGUGAUGAAACCAAAGGAUGGAUCAGUGAGAAGCUAAAGACUGCUAUGGAUGACAGUUACCUGGACCCAACCAAUCUGAAUGGCAAGCUACAGAAACAUCAGAACUUUGAACAAGAAUUGAAUGCCAACAAAAGCAGAAUUGAUGAAAUCACAAGUACAGGACAGGAGUUAAUUGAUGCCAAUCAUUAUGCUUCUGACCACAUCGGCAAAAGAAUGAAUGAAAUAGUCGAACUCUGGGAGUCCCUGAAGCAUGCUACUUCUAAAAAAGGAACAAAAUUGGAGGAAGCUUCUGCUCAGCAGCAGUUUAACCGUGGGGUAGAAGACAUUGAAAUAUGGCUUUCUGAGAUUGAGGGUCAGUUGAUGUCUGAGGAUUAUGGAAAGGACCUGACUAGUGUUCAGAAUCUGCUGAAAAAGCAAGCCCUCUUGGAAGCUGAUGUUUCUUCUCAUCAGGAUCGGAUAGAUGGUGUCGUUAUUCAAGCAGACAAUUUUGUUGAAAGAGGACAUUUUGAUGGAGAAUCCAUUAAAGCUAAACAGGUAGCACUUGUUGAAAGGUAUAAUGCUGUUCACCAGCCUAUGACAGCUCGACGUCAACGUUUGAAUGAUUCACUUCGGGUUCAGCAACUUUUCAGAGAUGUUGAAGAUGAAGAAGCAUGGAUCCGAGAGAAAGAGCCAAUAGCAGCAUCCACAAAUCGAGGUCGAGAUUUAAUUGGUGUGCAAAACCUGAUCAAGAAGCACCAAGCAGUAUUGGCCGAGAUUAACAAUCAUGAACAUCGAAUUGAUAAUGUAUGUCAAAUUGGACAGGAUAUGAUCGAUGAAGGCCACUUUGCAUCUGGUGAUAUUCGAAAGAGGUUGGAUCUAGUUAAAGAGAAGUGGUUGCAAUUGAAGGAUAAAGCUCACCAGCGUAAGGAGGACCUUGUCGACUCUCUUCAGGCCCAUCAGUACUUUGCUGAUGCGAAUGAAGCAGAGUCAUGGAUGAAAGAAAAAGAACCCAUUGUUGGGAGUCAGGAUUAUGGAAAGGAUGAAGACUCUGCUGAGGCAUUGCUGAAGAAACAUGAUGCACUUAUGGCUGAUCUUGAAGCUUUUGGUAAUACCAUCUUAUCCCUGAAGGAACAGGCACAAUCAUGUCGGCAACAAGAGACUCCAGUUGUUGAUCAGGCUGGCAAGGAGUUUGUAAUGGCUCUCUAUGAUUACACAGAAAAGAGUCCUCGUGAAGUUUCCAUGAAGAAAGGAGAUGUCUUGACCCUGCUCAACAGCAACAACAAGGACUGGUGGAAAGUAGAAGUUAACGACCGCCAAGGAUUUGUCCCAGCUGCUUAUGUCAAAAAAAUGGAAGCUGGUUUGUCGGCUAGCCAACAGCACUUGGCAGAUGGCAAUAGUAUUGCUGCUCGGCAGUCUCAAAUUGAGGCUCAGUAUGAAAAUCUGCUGUCACUAGGUCGUGAACGUCGUCAAAAAUUGGAAGAAACUUGUAAGGCUUACCAACUGGUGAGAGAAGCUGCAGAUUUAGGACAGUGGAUUAAGGAUAAGGAACAAGUAGCUACAGUCCAAGAAGUUGGAGAAGAUCUUGAACAGGUGGAAGUUCUUCAAAAGAAGUUUGAUGAUUUUCAGUCCGAUCUGAAAGCAAAUGAAGUUCGUCUAGCAGAGAUGAAUGAAGUAGCUACUCAAUUGAUGAGUGUAGGGCAGACAGAAGUUGCUCUUAAAAUACAGACCCAAGUGGAUGACUUGAACCAGAAGUGGCAAAACCUUCAGCAUGUGACAUCUGAGAGAUCCACUCAGCUUGGAUCAGCUCAUGAAGUUCAGAGGUUUCAUCGUGAUGUGGAUGAGACCAAAGACUGGAUUCAGGAAAAAGAUGAAGCCCUUAAUACUGAUGAUUAUGGCCAUGACUUGCGCAGUGUUCAGACUUUGCAGAGGAAGCAUGAAGGGUUGGAACGUGACUUAGCAGCACUGGGAGAUAGGAUUAAACAACUAGACGAAACAGCUAGCCGUCUUAUGCAGACCCAUCCAGAAUCUGCAGAUACUAUUUAUGCUAAGCAAAAGGAGAUAAAUGAAGAAUGGACUCAACUUACUGCUAAAGCAAAUGCACGUAAAGAAAAGCUGUUGGACUCUUAUGAUUUACAGAGAUUCUUGGCAGAUUACAGGGACCUUAUGUCUUGGAUAACAAGCAUGAUGAGUCUUGUGUCUUCAGAUGAGCUGGCUACUGAUGUUACUGGAGCAGAGGCAUUGUUAGAACGCCACCAGGAACACAGGACAGAAAUAGAUGCUCGUGCUGGAACCUUUCAAGCUUUUCAGGCUUUUGGUCAGCAGCUAUUACACAGUGGUCAUUAUGCUAGUGUGGAAAUACAGGAAAAGCUAGAAAAAAUGCUUGAAGCUCACAAAGAUUUGGAAGAUGCCUGGCAUGCUCGCCGCAUGAAGCUGGACCAAUGUUUAGAACUUCAGCUUUUCUACCGAGAUUGUGAACAAGCUGAGAAUUGGAUGGCUAGUCGAGAAGCCUUCCUCAGCUCAGAUGAUAUGGGUGGUGAUAAUGUAGAGGCCCUCAUUAAGAAACAUGAAGAUUUUGAUAAAGCUAUCCAAGCUCAAGAGGAAAAGAUCACAGCUUUAGCUCAGAUGGCAGAUCAGCUGGUGGCUGGUGACCAUUAUGAUUCUGAUGCUAUCAAAGAUAAAAAGGAACAGGUGUUGGACAGAUGGCACCACUUAAAGGAAGCCUUGAUUGAAAAAAGAUCCAAAUUGGGAGAGUCUCAAACUCUUCAGCAGUUUAGCAGAGAUGCUGACGAAAUUGAGAACUGGAUUGGAGAGAAACUCCAGAUGGUGAUGGAUGAAUCUUAUAAGGAUCCUGCUAACAUUCAGAGCAAACAUCAAAAACAUCAAGCUUUUGAAGCUGAACUUGCAGCCAAUGCUGAGAGGAUCCAGUCUGUUUUGGGAAUGGGACAGAACUUGAUUGACAAACAUCGUUGUGCUGACUCUGAGGAUGCUGUCAAGGCACGACUUGUUUCUAUUGCCGAUCAGUGGGAGUAUCUGACCCAGAAAUCAUCAGAGAAAAGUAUGAAGCUAAAGGAGGCAAACAAACAAAGAACCUUCAAUGCUGCUGUCAAGGAUAUUGAUUUUUGGCUGGGAGAGGUUGAAUCAUUGUUAAAAUCAGAAGAUUCAGGUAAAGACUUAGCCUCUGUUCAGAACUUGAUAAAAAAACAUCAACUUGUCGAAGCUGAUAUCACUGCUCAUGAAGAUCGUAUCAAGGACAUGAACAGCCUAGCUGACAGCCUGAUCGAGUCUGAGCAGUUUGAUGCAGCAGCUGUGCAAGAAAAGCGGAACUCCAUCAAUGAGCGAUAUGAACGAGUAAAGACCCUUGCAGCAUAUCGGCGGUCUCGACUGAAUGAAGCCAACACGCUACAUCAAUUCUUCAGAGAUAUUGCUGAUGAAGAAUCUUGGAUUAAAGAGAAAAAACUUUUGGUCAGCUCAGAUGAUUAUGGCAGAGAUUUAACUGGAGUACAGAAUCUAAAAAAAAAACAUAAACGACUAGAGGCUGAAUUGGCAUCGCAUGAACCUGCAAUUCAGGCUGUCCAGGAAGCUGGUCACACAUUGAUGGCAGAAUCAAAUCUUGGGGUACCAGAGAUAGAACAGCGGCUUCAAGCACUUGAAUUGGCCUGGCAUGAACUCAAGCAGAUGUCUGAAGAUCGAGGCCACAAGCUAGAUCAGUCUCUGAUCUACCAACAGUUCUUGGCAAAGUUGGAAGAAGAGGAAGCUUGGAUUUCAGAAAAGCAACAGUUGCUAUCUGUAGAAGAUUAUGGUGACACUAUGGCUGCAGUUCAGGGUCUGAUCAAGAAGCAUGAAGCAUUUGAAUCAGACUUUGCUGUACACCGUGAACGAUGUGCAGAUAUUGCCCAGUCAGGUGAACAACUGGUUGCUGUUGGGAAUCACCACUCUGAAAGCAUCAAUCAGCGUCUUCAGCAGCUCCAGAACCGCCUACAAUCCUUGGAAAACAGUGCCAUUAAUCGUAAGAACAAACUGAAAGACAACUCUGCUUACUUACAGUUCAUGUGGAAGGCUGAUGUUGUGGAGAGCUGGAUAGCUGACAAAGAAGUUCACAUAAAAUCAGAUGACUAUGGACGUGAUCUUUCAUCUGUGCAAACUCUGUUAACCAAACAGGACACGUUUGAUGCUGGUUUGUCAGCCUUUGAACAGGAAGGAAUUCAGAAUAUUACUCAGCUCAAAGAUCAGCUGAUGACUGCUAGCCAUGAACAGUAUCAUGCAAUAUUGAAACGUCAUGAUAAUGUCAUGCAACGUUGGAACAAUCUCUUGGCAGCAUCAGAAGCUCGGAAACAACGUCUCCUGAGAAUGCAAGAUCAAUUUAAGCAGAUUGAAGAUCUCUUCUUGACAUUUGCCAAGAAAGCUUCUUCUUUCAACAGCUGGUUUGAAAAUGCUGAAGAAGAUCUUACUGAUCCUGUGCGUUGUAAUUCUAUUGAAGAAAUCAAGGCCCUACGUGAAGCCCAUGCUCAAUUCCAAAUAUCACUAACCACAGCUCGUGCUGACUUUGAGACUUUAGCCCAACUGGACAGGCAGAUAAAGAGUUUCAAUGUUGGACCCAAUCCGUACACCUGGUUUACCAUGGAGACACUGGAGGACACUUGGAACAGUUUACAAACCAUCAUAAUGGAACGAGAUAAUGAACUAUCCAAAGAAGCUUUGCGUCAGGAAGAAAAUGAUCAACUCAGGAAGGAAUUUGCUAGGCAUGCAAAUGCUUUCCACGAAAUGCUAACAGACAUAAGAAUGUGGUUACUUGAUGGAUCAUCAAUGAUGGAAGGGUCUGGCACAUUGGAAGCUCAGCUUGAAGCAACAAGGAGCAAGGCAGCUGAGGUGCGAGCAAAACGGGAGGACCUGAAAAAGAUAGAGGAUCUUGGAGCUCAACUAGAAGAACACUUAAUCUUAGAUAACCGAUACACAGAACACAGUACUGUUGGCUUGGCCCAGCAAUGGGAUCAGUUAAACCAAUUAGGCAUGCGAAUGCAACAUAAUCUGGAGCAGCAGAUACAAGCACGAAACCAGAGUGGUGUGUCUGAAGAUGCACUUAAAGAGUUCAGCAUGAUGUUCAAACAUUUUGACAAAGAGAAGUCGGGACGCCUGAACCACCAAGAGUUCAAGAGCUGCUUGAGAGCUUUAGGAUAUGACCUCCCUAUGAUGGAAGAGGGCGAAGUAGAUCCAGAGUUUGAAACUAUUCUGGAUAUCGUAGACCCCAACAGAGAUGGGUAUGUUUCCCUACAGGAAUAUAUGGCCUUCAUGAUCUCUCGUGAGACAGAAAACGUUCGAUCUAGCGAGGAUAUAGAGAAUGCUUUUAGAGCCAUCACCUCAGGUGAACGUUUGUAUGUCACUGCUGAUGAACUGUAUGCUAACCUUACCAAGGAAAUGGCAGACUACUGUGUGUCACGAAUGAAGCCUUUUGUGGAUCCAAAAACUGGCCGUAAUGUUUCUGGGGCGUAUGAUUAUGUUGACUUCACACGUACACUAUUCCAAAAUUAAUCAUUCUUUAAGAUGGCUGCUCUAUUUUUAUUAUUGUUUAUAACUGUAUUGGGAUAUCUCGUAUUUCUAUGUGUAUUUGCUAUACAUUAACUUGUGAAGUAGUGGUUUUGCUUCUUCAGAUUUUCGAUGAUCUAUAUAUAUAUUGAGAAUAGAUUUAUAGUAUUUUUGGAAAUGUAUAAUCUGAUACAAAAAAGAAAAAAAGAGUUGAUUCUUGUGAGAUGAUUUUUCUAUUGGUGUUUUUUUUUUCAUUAGUAUAAUCUUAUUAUGGGAACAGAAUUUCAUAUUAUUUUUGUGUAAACGUUUUGUGGAAGCUAAUACUAUAACAAGGCAGCUUAUGAUUGGGAGCACACACAUUUUAUUAUUAUGGGAUCAAUAAAGUUGCCUUCUUAAACAUUG